AUGGAUCCCUUUAUACCAAUACAAACAAACUAAAAAUCAAUAGUAAGGAUAGCAUUCGACAUAUUAUUUCUCUUUAUUAAAUUACCUUUAUUUGCCUUUCUGAUAGUCGAAAUAGUUAUCAUAAAUGAUUUGAUAUUUCGCCAAAUACAAAGACUUGAAUUUCACAUACUAUUUCAUAAAUUUAUGAGAAUUAUUAUCUUGCUGCACAAUUAUAUUAGUGGAAGAUUACUAUUAUUAGUCUUGGGAUACUUUAAAUACAAGUCAUUAUUUCAUAGUUCUGCACCAAACUUCAAGCAUGGAAACUUAUAAUCGUAUUGCUUCUAUUGUUCAAGAACCUCCCCAAUUGAUGUUUUCAUUUUAAUAACAUAUUUCUCUCCAUCAUUUACUCAUACUUCUAUAUAAAAGGAUAGGGUGAAAUGUAAAAUCAUUAGUUAUGGAAAAGCAAUUUUAGAGUCAUUUUACAUAAGUAAAUGUGGAUUCAAAAGGUUUACGGAUGGUGAAAACAUAAAAGAUUUAAUGAACUAGAUCAGAAAAACUAGAACUGGACCUUUGAUUCUAUUUUGGGAAGGGGGAAUAACAAACGGAUACUCUUUAUUGAAAAUUGACAAGGCAAUCAUAAAUGAAACAUAUAAUAUCUACAAUUUCUCAUAAGAGUAACCCUAGAGAUCUCAAUACUUCGGUACGAAUCCUUAAGGAAUUUUAUGUUUACAACACGAAGAUAGGAUGAAUCUCGAUCGGAAACAACUCAUUAUAGAUGUUAAUCAAUAUUUUAACUAAUUCAUUUUGCAGUUUAGACAUGUUUUUCUUAAAAUGUCAAGUAUAUAAUUUUAAGGAUCGACUCCCAGAAAUUUACUAAAAGUUCGUAGAAGAUACCAUUAAGAGAGGAAUAGUAAAAUAUUUUGUCAUUAUUAGAGCGAUUAGUCUUGGAAGGAUUUUAGAAAGUUGUUUGUACAACAGGAUGCGUGA